AUGAGUGGAAUUAUCUCCACGAGAAGUAUUCGGCUUGAAUCCUCUGAUAAUUCAGCAGGCCCUUUGGGUGCUCAGGCUCUCGCGUGCUUGGCAGUAAUGUCUGAAGUUGGAAUUAUCAAUUUUCAACCCAAUUUAGACCGAAUUGCGUGGUUCAAGGUCCGAGAAGUAGAGAAUCAAACUCCGAAUUCAAGUGAAAAAUAUAAGAUCUCUCUCCGCUUUCAAUUUUGCCGAAUGAUUUUUGAGGGCAAUCAGGAUGACGAAGUGAAAAAUGUCCACUUUCCUGAAGAGUCGAUCCUCCGCAUCUUACUAUGCUGGAAACGCAUGGCAGCGGCGUGGAAUCUUCAACAAGCCCCAUAUUUCGUCAUAAUAGCAUGGUGGUGCGUGUUUUGA